CCUCUACCCUCUAGACAAAAGACAACUCGGUACCCAACCCAGAACAUGCUACUGUAUUAUCAUUAGGCCCCGAUGUGCUUCCAGAGUACAAGCUACAGUCGCCUCGGAUCCACAAAUGGACCAUCCUGCAUUACUCGCCCUUCAAAGCCGUCUGGGACUGGGUCAUACUCCUCCUGGUCAUCUACACGGCCAUCAUCACCCCCUACAAUGCUGCCUUCCUCCUCAAGAAAGACUCCCCCACCCCAACCACCCCACCGAGCGAUGACACCCCCUCCACGUCGACCACGGGUUCAAACAGCGCCAACUACAAGCAGCCGCUCACCAUCAUCGAUCUCAUAGUCGACGUCAUGUUCAUCAUAGACAUCCUGAUCAAUUUUCGGACGACAUACGUCAACAAGAAUGACGAAGUGGUCUCGCAUCCCGGCAAGAUCGCUGUGCACUAUUUUAAGGGCUGGUUUCUUAUUGAUGUGGUCGCAGCGAUUCCAUUUGAUCUCCUUCUCUUUGGUUCUGAAAGUGAUCAGUCAACAACCCUCAUAGGCCUUCUCAAGACCGCCCGUCUCCUCCGCCUGGUGCGAGUCGCCAGGAAGCUUGACCGCUACUCGGAGUACGGCGCGGCCGUCCUCCUCCUCCUCAUGGCGACCUUUGCCCUCAUCGCCCACUGGCUGGCGUGUAUCUGGUACGCGAUCGGGUCGGCAGAGCGACAGCAACUCGAGCAUCAGAUAGGGUGGCUGGAUCACCUUGCCAACGAGACGCACCAGUAUUACAUAGACAAUGUUACCAGCAGUGGGCCCACGAUCAAAUCCAAGUACAUCACCGCGCUUUACUUCACGUUCAGCAGUCUGACCAGCGUCGGCUUCGGCAACGUCUCGCCGAACACCAACGCGGAGAAAAUCUUCUCGAUCUGUGUCAUGUUGAUAGGAUCACUCAUGUAUGCCAGUAUCUUUGGUAACGUUUCUGCCAUCAUCCAGCGCCUUUACUCCGGCACCGCCCGCUACCACACCCAGAUGCUGAGGGUCAAAGAGUUCAUCCGGUUCCAUCAGAUUCCAAACCCCCUACGACAGAGGUUGGAGGAAUACUUCCAGCACGCGUGGUCGUAUACCAAUGGAAUUGACAUGAAUAUGGUCUUGAAGAGUUUUCCGGAGUGUCUUCAAGCGGACAUUUGUCUCCAUCUCAAUCGGAACCUUCUCAACAACAGUCCGGCCUUCAAGGGUGCCAGUCCUGGCUGCCUCAGAGCCCUCUCCAUGAAGUUCAAGACGACUCACGCACCGCCGGGUGACACCCUUAUCCACCGUGGGGAUGUCUUGAGGGCUCUUUACUUUAUUUCCAGAGGCUCCAUUGAAAUUCUAAGAGAAGAUGUGGUACUUGCCAUCUUAGGUAAAGAUGAUGUGUUUGGAGAGAACAUUUGUGAACAUGAGAUUGUCGGCAAGUCGAAAUGCAACGUGCGUGCCCUGACAUAUUGUGACCUCCACAAGAUCCUAAGAGAUGACCUUUUGGAAGUCCUAGAGAUGUACCCAGAGUUUGCCGAACAGUUCACCAAGAAUCUAGAAAUAACCUUUGAACUCAGAGAUGAACAAGCUGCAUUAGGAAAGGAGCCAGAACCUGAGAUUAAAUCUUGCAAGAUUCCAGACACAGUACUCCAUGAUGAAAGAGAAAAGCCAAAUGAUUUCAAAUACCAGCCGAAAAGUGAGAUUGGUGUUAUUAAUAAAGACGCCCAGGCACGGCGAAUGAAGUUUGCGCAGAACCAAUCGGGCAGCUCCGGCCACAACAGCAUCCCGACCCUCGACUCCAGCGACGACGACGAGUGCGGCAGGGGCAUCCUCGAGUUCUCGCCCGACAUGGCGGGACGCGACGUUACCCCUGCCCCCGAGAUCCUGCAGGGGCACGAGGAGAACCGGAGGAGCGGUGGAGGGGUUGAAGGAGGAGGUGGUGGGGGCAGCAGAGGGGGUAGCUUCAAUACGAUAGCAGGUAUAGAUUCGCAUUCCUGCUUUCCUUCCUUCAAAGACUGGUUGAAUAGGGAGCAACAGGGUAGCGGUCAGGGUGCAUUAGCAGGAGUCAACAAUAUAGUGAAUGCUGUUACGGGUACCAGAGGGGCAAGUCCAGACUCAUCCCCGAUCAUGAAGCGAAAAGCACGGCAUUAUUCCAAUAACCAGAACGGGAAGAACGGCCAGAGAGGUUCUCAACAACCAGAUAUCAUUGUAGAAGAUGUGAGCAGUUUUGUAUCUAAUCCCGAUAUUGAGAGGCGGUUAGAUGACCUUCAGCGUCAGAUGAGUCGCUUGGAGGUGAAGGUGACCGGGGACAUGAACUCUAUUUUGGACAUUCUGCACAGGAUGCAUCAGAUGUACGCGUCGCCCCCGCAGCUGCUGCCGAGUCGCGUCAGGCAGCAACGUCCGACCCUCCCCCGCAUGCGCUCGGCUCCCUCGCACCCCCAUACCUCGCAUAGUUCCAGUUCCCCGGAAAGGAGCAUCCUUAAAACCCACAGCACGGACUUCCCCGCUCCCCCGCACAGCAAGAGCAGCUCAAGGCAUGCACGAACUUCGGCUCGAAGUGAGCCCUCGUUGACGGGGAGCGGAGGAAUGGGAAGGCUGCCCCAGGAUCGUGAUGGAGGGGUGUCAUCUCUGGAUAGUCCAGAAUCGGUAGAAGAUGGCCCAGUCAGCAGGCGGAGACCUAAACCUCCCGAAAGCUUGAUCCUAUCAUCGUUGUCAGAUGUCUCUGUAGAUAGUCAUAGUAGUAUACACUCGGAGGAGGCCCCUGUCUCCUCACCCCUCUUCACUCAAUCUGCCCACAUACCAAAGAGCAGCUCCAUGCCGGCAUCCAGCUCCACCAGGAUCUCAUGGAAUGGAGCUGACGGAGACUCCACCAGUCCACCAAUCAGGAAUACUGAUGUAUAGCCAACUUGCAGGUCAUGGUCCUAAUUGACCAAUGAGGCACCCUGUUACAACACCCAAAAUCAUGGUUGUAGCUGACCCAACAGCAUCCUGAUGCAGAGUGACUGUAGUUCUUGAUCAACGCUUGCCAUAAUCAGCACCUUUGAUGUAUAGCCAACCCAUAGGUUAAUGUUUGACCAAUCAUGAACUUCGAUGUGGCAUCCAGAAUCCUAGUUAAACUUGGACAUACAGGUACCAUUCAGGUUCAUGAUCCAAACCAUGGUCAUGGUUGUAGCUGACCAGUUAGAAAAGCUGACCUAUUUAUGGGGUAGCAAUUGACCAAGAGAAGAAAUGAUUGUAUUGGCAAAAGCAUUUAGGAAUAUGAAGAUGUGUUCUGUAAUACCAUCCAAGAUCUUCAAUUGAAUUGGUGUUUAAACCAUUAUGAAAAGAAUAUCUAUGCUGUAUGAAGCUACAUUGAAAAGGCACAAGUGUGGCUAUUUUUGUCUUGGUUUAUACGAAAUUGAUUAUUUCUAGUGAUAUAAAAGUAAAGAGUUGGAUUUGGUGUCAAUAUGGUAUGCUUGGAAAAAGUCAAUCAUUGAAACAGUGAUGAGGUGGAUGGGUAGACAUGUUGCUACUGGGGUAACAAACCUUGUAUGUAAAAAAAGGGAAUAUUUGUGAAUGCAUGGGAGAGAAAAACAUAGCUGACAUUAUAUUGUAUCCGAUUGAAAGAGAGAUGGGAUUCAAAUUCAUGAUCAAAACACAGAAGUAACUUCCCAAAAAAAUGUGAAAUACAAGGUUUUGUCAAGGUACCAGCUUCAUUUUAGGUUUAGUGCUUAAAGGUUGACUCAACACCAACACCAAAUGGUCAACACCAAACUUGAAAUCACCCAUUGUAUUUGCCCUGCAUCAUGGCUGGGUCACCCAGCUAGGACAUGCAAGAAUACUCCCCAGGGAGUGGUGGCUGUGUAUGCACUGUAUUUGGGUAGGACUGAUUGGGUGUGAUGACUUAGGUGAUGAUAAUCUGUUAGUGCUUAGACAUUAUGAUUAUUAUUGUUAAAGAAAUAGAGCUAAACAAAUAGUGUAAUGCGAGACCAAAAGAGUAGAAGAAAAAAGGACAAAGAAAUAUUAAAGAAAAUCAUUGGUUGAUGGCUAUUGUUAAAAAGGAAAUGUUCGGCCAGUAUUAAAGUUCGAUAUAUUGUAAAGAGCUCUUGCAUGUUCCAAACUGGUAUUUACCUGAAGGUAUAUUGUAAAAGGAAAUUGAUAAUUAUGAAUAGUGAAGAAUUUAAAGAAAGUGAAUAAUGUACAAAUUGCUGACUAGAUGAAUGUUGAAUGGCCUUGUAUUCUAUAGAUGAAAGAGAAAAAAAUACAUUUUCCUAAGAUCAGUAUCUUUAAAAUUACCUUGUGGACAUUAGGACGGGUCCCCAGUUUUCUGUGAUUAUGAAAACUUACGAUUUUCUCACAAUUAGGAGAGUGCACAAAUUUUUUUAUGAAUUUCAACGAAUUAUUUUCAGAUAAUUAAUAUUUUCUUAUUCUAAAACGAGGAAGAAAAUAUGAGAAAGCAUUACAAGACAAAACAAAAUGAAAUCAACCGUAGAUCUGCAGAAAAUUUGAUCAAACCAAUCUAUAAUCGAAUUUACAUACUACAGAAUGCACUCAUACCGGUCACUUCAGUUUCGCUUUCCAGUGUCCGCCUCUUUUUUAGAUUUGACAUUUUUUAUUUGUAAUUAUUGCUUGGUCAUAAAAUUUGUGUAUGUCACCAAUGAACAUAAAAGUUUAGCGUACUGGAGAACGUCGAAUUUGCAAUCCAGGAAACUAAGAAAAUUGGGGACCUUAACAGCGUUGCUGAAUAUAUCCUGUGGAUAUACGAGAAGGAAAGGAAAGCUUUACAUGUGCAUAGCUGCCAAUUUAAGAGCCACAUUGACAGAGCUUUAAGGAUAAAUCUCAUGUGCGAGUUACAUAUAAUUUUUACAUUUUAAUUUCAGUUCCAUAUUUUGUUUGAUUUAAACCAUAUUGGUAUAAUAUUAAAUUUGACAUUCAUAAUACUUUGAUCUCUCACCUAAAUAAUUGUUAAACAUAAAUAAGUUUGGUCUCCUUGUGUUUUAAACCAUUAUGAUCAAUUUGUCUUUCUUAUGAAGAAGUAGGUUUUCAUUUUAUUUUAGUAGUAAGUAUUAUACAAUGAUUUAUUUUCAUAGCAUAUUGAUCCUUAAUUCGGUGGAUUCACAAUACGAUGCGCCAUUUAUCGAUUGCAGCGGACAGGCCGAAAUUCGCAAUGCCUCAUGGGAAAAAGUUGACAUCUGUUGUGCGCACUAGUACUAUAGUGCAUGCAUGCAUGCGAUUAUUCAGCACUGGCUGAUGCGGCUCGACCAGAUAUGCUGUUUAUUAAGGUCCGGGAGGUGGGAGGGAAAUGUACACAUAUAUUUCUAACCGUUUUGGGUGAAUUCUUGCCAUAUGGUUAUCGUUUUGAAGCAUCACAGUCACAUUAAAGUAUACUAGCACUGUGCGCGAUGUCGAACCCAAAGUUAGAAAUUUGGCCUGUUCACUACAACUGAUAGAUGGCGCACGAUAUUGUAAUUCCACCAAAUUCUAGAAUAAUGAAUCCUUUUCUGGUUGUGCCAUAUGUAUUCCCAUUCAGAUGUUUUGAUUAUUCAGAGAAAUUAGGUGUUUUACAUUCCUUCCACGUUUUAUAUGUUACAUGUUUUUAUGUUUUUUAAAGAUAAUCCCAAUCCCCAUUUGUAUUAACUAUAUGUCAGAUAUUGACAUUAUUGAAAAUGAUGUCUUUCCCCAUUUAUGCAGGAUAUAUUUUUUUUGUUCAAGAGAUCACAAAUCUUUCUUACUUUUUAUCUUUAAAGAAAAUGGUUGGUAUAAUUUCAACUUUAGUUUUACUUAAAUUGUGUGGUCUUAAUAAAUAAUUUUGAGUAUCAUUAUGGCAAGCCAAAUAUAACAUAACACUUGAAUGCUAUGAGCAAAGUUUUUUUAGCAUGCUGGGCAUUAAAAAUAAAGAAAACAAUAAAUAUAUAGUCUGGGAAUGAUAACUGCGAUAAUUUUCUGCACCAUUUCAAG